AAUGUUGUCUUUAAUGGUGCAAAAUAAAGAGUAUUCUAUUCUAUUCUAUUCUAAUCCUUUAGGCUCUAAGAAAAUUCAGCUUUUAGCUUAGGAUAAAAUGGAAAGAGUGUAGCUGGAACUUAUUUAUGAAGCCAAGUUCUUUUCAGAAAAAUAAUUUAGCAGUUAAGUACCAAUUAAUGUAAUCUUAGAAAAUCAUGUACCUAUAAUUUAAUGGCUCAUUAUUACCUACAUCAUGCAUGAAAAAUCGAUAACACACUUUCCAUGUCAAAACUGCUGCGUUGAAUGGAUGGUAGUUUAAACUGUUGUUAGUCAUCGGAAGUAAAGAAACAGUUCUUUUUUUAAUACGAUGAUGGUUUUCAUUUAUUUGGUUCCUCUUAUUUUUGCUGGUGCAGCAGCCUCAGAUUCUGCUAAAAACUUGAGCCAAUCUCAAUUCAUAACCGAAAUCGUCGGUGGCGAGCCAACAAGUAUCAAGACUUACCCGAGUAUAGUGCAAGUGGAACGGCUCCUUUCCAACAAUAGAUGGAAGUUGUUAUGCGCAGCCACCGUCUACUCUGACCGCUGGGUCAUCAGCGCUGCCCACUGUGCGACACCAAUCAACAGCCUUCGCGUCCGUGCUGGUUCAACCAACCUCUAUGCUGGUGGCUAUACUAUCGACAUCAAGUCUGUCCUGGUUCACCCGAAUUACACGAAAACAGCUCAAGACGACUCAGAUAUAGCACUGUUUGAACUUAAGGAGUCUCUAAAUUGGUCUGAUAGUGUUCAGCCAGCUAAUAUUGCAAAUGCAGGCUUUGAAUUAGCUGAUAACUCUACUGUGCAGGUCGCGGGUUGGGGUAGAACAAAGCCUGGAGGAAUCGUAUCCGACACUCUCCAACACGUAACUCUGUACACUGUGAACAACGAGGAGUGCGCUCGCCGCUUCCUCAACCAAUACGUGGUCAAUGACAACAUGAUCUGCGCUGGCAUCCUCGACGUGGGAGGCAAGGACUCCUGCCAGGGGGACUCCGGUGGUCCUCUAUACUCCGACAAAGUCCUAGUUGGAGUGGUCUCCUGGGGGAUCGUAUGUGCUGACCCCUUUUACCCGGGAGUCUACACGAAGGUCUCAGCCUUCGCUGACUGGAUCAAAAAGAAUGCUGUUUGAAAUUCUCGUGAAUAAAUUUUGAUCUUUUGAAUUGGA